AUGCUGCCAACUGCUUCAUCGGCUGCCUCAUCUUCCUCUGCAGCCGCCGCUGCAGCUGCAGCUGCUGCUGCGGCUGCUGCUGCAGCAGCUGGCUAUUCACCCUCGGCCGGACACUAUGCGCACAACUCUGCCGGGGCUGGGUCAACACAGACGGGGUAUUCGCCUUUCGCCUAUCCGACUUGCCCGGUUGUCUCUGGCUACUCUUCCCUUGCAACAGCUAAUCGAAGAUCUAGUAGCAACAGUAGCAAUGUAUCUGCUACAGCUGUCUUUCCAGAGGCCGGGCAAGCCAGCGUCGGCUCAGGUCUGUCGCAACGGAGAGCAGAUUCUGGUGGUACAGCAGUUAUGGGUAGUGCUGUACCAACUGAUACGGCCUCCAUUGGCUGGUCUAGAGGUUCUGAGACAAACUUGAGCCAUUCUCGUGCCACUUACCCUGGUCUUGGUUCAUCACUGGAUACGACCUCCAGUACACUCUCGGAUUCUCGAUUAGGACCUACAAAUCAACCAUAUGGGUCUAGCUCUUCCACUUCUCAUGUUGAUUCAUCAUCGGUCACUUCUGCUACCUCUCCUGCCACAACCUCCGGCUAUCUCCUUGGCCAUGACACUGCCAUUUCUUCUAUAUCCCUUGCUCAUACCGCCCACCACCCAACAGUAUCUCAGCAUCAUCAUCCGACGCCCUACAAUGCCGCUCAACACCAUCAGCACCAGACAGGCUCAAGCGCCGCACAGCCCGGUACUGGAGCUAAUGCAGCUGACUAUCCUGCCAGCUCGAUGUUGGCCUCAAUGCCUGCGGCUGCCCUGGCCCAAGCCGUCUACUACCGAGCAGCGAGCCUAGCUGCUAGUCAGCAACAGGCCGCUGCUGCGGCCGCUGCUGCUUAUUAUUACAACACGCAACAACAACAGCAGCAGCAACAGCUGCCUGCCUCCCAACAACACCAUCCUCGCCAGUCACAGCAAAUGCACUCUGCUCCAUCUUUCCCUCCAAAGAUAUAG